AUGGUAAACACAGACUUAGCAAGCUCAUCAAACUCCUCAACUUCUUCAAAUCGGUCAUACGUUUCAAUCGAAAUCGCAAAAGAUAUGUUAACACGUUUUGACGGAUCAAAACAUAAACUUCAUGAAUUUAUCGAUAAUUGUGACAAAGCUAAUCAAUAUGUUAAACCCGAAUUAAAAAAUAUUUUAUUCGCUAUUAUAGAAACACGAAUUACUGAUAAUGCUAGGGCCGUAAUAAGAAACCGUUCAUUUAAUAAUUGGCAGGAAUUAAAACAACAUUUGUUAGAUUUAUAUUCCGAAAAACGAACCAUGAGCCAAUGGCAAUUGGAAUUAAAUUCUUGUCGUCAAAAUGUAGGCGAAAACGUUUUAUCCUUUUCAAAUAAAAUAGAACACUGUUAUGUAAAAUUAAUUAACUCUUUAGACGAGGACCUUACUAGAGAAGCUCGUACAGCGUGCACAGAUUUAUUGAAAAACGAAGCAUUAUGA